GUGAGGGAGGAAGGAAAAAUGGAGGAUUGCUUCUGUUCAUCCUCUUCUUCGGAGAGCUGGGGAGAGACGAUUUCGGAGAAGAUAUUCUCGAUCUACAACUCUCUCCCGAAGAAAGGCAAACCUCAGGGUCGUGAAGUCACUGUAUUGGCUGCAUUUCUCGUUUCAUCUCCUUCCGCACAAGGUUUGGAAGUUGUGGCGUUAGGGACGGGGACUAAGUGUCUCGGUCGCUCGCAGUUAAGCUCAAAUGGUGACGUUGUGAAUGAUUCACACGCCGAAAUAAUUGCUCGGAGAGCUUUAAUGAGGUUCUUCUACACACAGAUUCAACAUUUGUCCCAGAACAACUGCGAGAGUGAACAUCACAAAACGAAGAAGAUGAGGUGUGACAAUGUAAUAAACUUUUUGUUUCAGUUAGAUGAGGAGGCUGGGGCUGAACAAAAAUAUGUCAUGAGAAAGGGCUGGAAAUUGCAUUUAUACAUAUCUCAGUUACCAUGUGGGGAUGCUUCAUCUUCAACUCCCAGAGACGUCGAACCUAGAACAGAGGAUACGCCACCAUGUUUGAUUGAUGAAGGUAUGGAUACACUACCACAGGCUAAAAUGGAAGAUAGUGAUUUCUUGCUUAUGUUUCGUUUAAGAAUGUAUGGGUGGAUUCAAAUUUCAGGGGAUGAUUCACAGUGCAUAGGUUUGGUUCAGAGGAAGCCUGGUCGUGGUGAUACAACAUUGUCAGUUAGCUGUUCUGACAAGAUAGCUCGAUGGAAUGUAGCUGGAGUUCAAGGAGCUCUUCUCUCGUACUUUCUUCAGCCUGUUUAUCUUUCCUCUAUAACAGUUGGAUUGUCCCCUCAUAGUGCCAAAAAUUGUACACUGAAGGAACAAGUGAAAAGAGCAAUAUGUGAUCGAGUACAGCCAUUUUCGAAUGAGCUAACGACUCCCUUAAAGGUGAACCAGCCACUGUUUUGCACAGCUCCAGUACCACCAAAGGAGUUCCAACACUCGGAGUCUGCUUUAAACACGAUAACUUGCGGGUACUCUAUUUGUUGGAAUAAGUCUGGCUUGCAUGAGGUCGUCCUUGGAACUAUUGGAAGAAAGCAAGGAGCCUCUGCUAAAGGGGCGCAGUAUCCAUCAACUGAGUCAUCUUUAUGCAAGAAGCGGUUACUGGAAAUGUUCUGGUCGCUUAAAAGUGUAUGCCCUACUAAAUUUCUUGCCAGCAACAUCUCUUAUAGAACGCUGAAGGAUGGAUCUCAAGAUUACCAUUUAACAUCUAAAGUUUUCAAGGAACAAUCAGCGUUUAAGAACUGGAUAUCGAAACCUAUCAACUACGAGGCGUUCUCCUUUGGAUGUGGAUGAGGUACGUAUUUGUUAGCCAUCCAUUUUAAUGCUAAUUGAAAGAUAAGAGGUGAAUAUGAAUGCUUCUGAAUGAUCUGCCUCCAUGUUUGCACAAUCUUUCAUGGUCUAUGCCAGUGAAGUAGUUAGCUUGUGGCUUUCUGUAUUUUCAACCUCUCAAGGCUCCAAAAGAUGUUUUAACAACAGAUCGCUCUAUAAAAACACAUGAAUUUCAGCUAGUAAAGAUCAUUAUAGCAA